GCCCUCUCCCUGUGGCUGCAGAAACAGACGGCAGCCGAGAGGCGGAAGAUCGUCUGGGAGUGGCAGGAGCUGCGAGGGUUUCUGGAGGAGCAGGAGCAGCGGCUGCUGUCCCGGCUGGAAGAGCUCGAGAGAGCCAUUGCCCAGAGAAGGGAUGAGGGCGUCUGCAGCCUUUCCCGGGAGAUUUCCCUGCUCAGUGAGAGGGGAGGAGACGAGGGGCAGCAGCCGCUGAGCCAGUCCCUGCAGGGUGCCGGGAGCUGUGGGGGCAGCAGGGAGGACGGGACGUUUCAGAAGCCAGAGCCAGCAUUUGCGGAGCUGGAGAAGAGACUCAGCGAUUUCUCUCUGAAAAGUGCCAUGCUGCAGGAGGUUCUUCUGGGAUUCAAAGAGAUGCUGCGACUGGAGCUGGGGAGCGACACAGGCUGCAGAAUAACAUCCCCAGGUCCCUCCAGAUCCUCCUGGGGAAGGGAAAUGGAUACAGCAGAGCUGUCUCAGAGGCCGGUGACCUUCGAGGCGGUGGCUGUGUAUUUCACCAGGGAAGAGUGGGCUAUUCUGGACCCCCGUCAAAAAGCCCUCUACAGAGACGUCAUGCAGGAGAACUAUGAGAAUGUGACCUCGCUGGAGUUUCCAGUUGUCACACCUGAUGAGCUCUCUCACCUGGAAGAAGACAAAGAGCCGUGGGUCCCAGAUCUCUUUCAUUCAGAGGAAAAAGAGAUCCUGAGAGGUACCUGCACAGGUGAUGGGAUGCUGAGGGAGAAGGAAGAGCACCAACCUCAGCAGGAAGAUGCUGAGCAAGACCAACCACACGGGGCAUUAUUGCAAAUAUCUGAGGAGGAUGUGUCGAGGAGUGCUGAGCAGAGAGAAGGAUGUGAGAGUCAGCACAGGCCAGAGAGGAAGCAGGGAAACAAGCCAAAGGAGAAAUUGAAUAAAUCCAUUAAUAGUUGGGGACUUCACAAAUACGUCAAGAAAACCAUAGCCCAGCAGAAAAUCCAGGCAGGAGCAAGAAACAACACAUGCUCUGAGUGUGGGAAAAAUUUCAGUAGCCGCUCAGUUCUUCUUAAACAUCAGAAGAUCCACACAGGAGAGAGACCCUAUGAAUGCCGUGAGUGUCAGAAAAGCUUCACUCACAGAUCAUCCCUUAUUAAACAUCGGAGAAUACACACAGGAGAGAGACCCUAUGCGUGCUGUGAGUGUGGCAAAAACUUCAUUGACAGCUCAGCCCUUAUUAAACAUCAGAAAUUCCAUGCGGGAGAGAGACCCCACGAAUGCAGUGAGUGCGGGAAAAGCUUCACUCAGAGCUCGGACCUCAUUACGCAUCAGCGAAUCCACACAGGAGAGAGACCCUAUGAAUGCAGUGUGUGUGGGAAAAGCUUCACUCAGAGAGCAUCGCUUAUUAAACAUCAGAGAAUCCACACAGGAGAGAGACCCCAUGAAUGCUGUGAGUGCGGGAAAACCUUCACUCAGAGCUCAGGACUUUUUAGACAUCAGAUCAUCCACACCGGGGCGCGAUCCUAUGCAUGCUCUGUGUGUGGAAAAAGCUUCACUCGGCGCUCAAACCUAAUUGUACAUCAGAGAAUCCACACAGGAGAGAGACCCUAUGGAUGCUGUGAGUGCGGGAAAAAAUUCAUUGACAGCUCAUCGCUUAAGAAGCAUCAGAGAAUCCACACGGGGGACAGGCCUUAUGGAUGCUGUGAGUGCGGGAAAACUUUCACUCGCAGCUCAAAUCUCAUUACACAUCAGCGAACCCACACAGGAGAGAGACCCUACGAAUGCUGUGAGUGCGGGAAAAGCUUCACGGACAGCUCUCUCCUUAUUAAACAUCAGAGGAUCCACACGGGGGAGAGGCCCUAUGAAUGUGGUGAGUGUCAGAAAAGCUUCACAGACAGCUCAGACCUUAUUAAACAUCAGAGAAUCCACACCGGAGAAAAGCCCUAUGAAUGUGGUGAGUGUGGGAAAAGCUUCACUGACAGCUCAGAUCUGAUUAAACACCAGCGAAUCCACACCGGAGAGAGACCGCAUACAUGCUGUGACUGUGGGAAAAGCUUCACUCAGAGAUCAUGCCUUAUUAAACAUCAGCGAAUCCACACGGGGGAACGACCCUAUGGAUGCGCUGAGUGUGGAAAAAGCUUCACUUGGCGCUCCAACCUUAUUACACAUCAGAAAAUCCACACAGGGGAGAGACCCUAUGGGUGCCGUGAGUGUGGGAAAAAAUUCAUAGACAACUCAGCACUUUUGAAACAUCAGAGAAUCCACAUGGGAGCCAGACCUUAUGAAUGCAGUGAGUGUGGGAAAAACUUCACUCGGAGCUCCAAUCUUAUUAGACAUCAGAGGCUCCACACCUCAUAGAGACACUCUAGAUGCUCUGAGUGUGGGAAAAAUGCCUAUCGUUACUUAUCGGGCCAACCGAUUUUUUUCUCCUGCCCUAGCAUGGUUAGGGGUGACGGGUUUAACCUUGAACUCUUUUUUUUUUCUUCUUGUUUUAACUUUUUCUU